AUGAUGAAGUUUGUGGUUCUGGCUAUUCUGGUUGUUGGAGUAACUGGCUCAUGGAUCACAUAUGUUAUUUUUUCCUCAGCUUACGGGUGCGGACUGCCCACCUUCCCUCCUAUUCUGUCAAGGGUAGUAGGGGGUGUGGAUGCACGUCCACAUAGCUGGCCCUGGCAGAUCUCCCUCCAGUACACCAGUGGUGGUAACUGGUACCACACCUGUGGAGGAACCCUCAUUUCUAAUGAGUGGGUUCUGACUGCUGCUCACUGCAUCAGCAACAGCAGAACUUACAGAGUGUAUCUGGGCAAACAAAACCUGAAGGAGGAGGAGCCUGAUUCAGUCGCCAUCGCCCCUGCCAAGAUCAUUGUACAUGAGAAAUGGAAUUCCUUCUUCAUCCGCAAUGACAUCGCCCUGAUCAAACUGGAGAAACCCGUCACACCAAGUGACACCAUCACACCUGCUUGUGUUCCUGCUGAUGGGGAUAUUUUGGCCAAUGGAGCAUCCUGCUAUGUCACCGGCUGGGGACGCCUCUACACCAACGGUCCCAUUGCUGAUAUCCUGCAGCAAGCUCUCCUGCCUGUGGUGGAUCAUCAAACUUGCUCCAGGUCCGAUUGGUGGGGCUCUCAGGUUACAAAAGACAUGGUCUGCGCUGGUGGAGAUGGUGUUGUAUCUGGAUGUAAUGGUGACUCCGGUGGCCCUCUGAACUGUAAGGGCAAUGAUGGAGCUUGGGAGGUUCAUGGUAUUGUGAGCUUUGGCUCUGGACUUAGCUGCAACUUGGCCAAGAAGCCCACCGUCUUCACUCGUGUGAGCGCCUACACCGAUUGGAUCAGCAAGGCAAGUGUUUUGUAA